AUGACGUAUAGGCGACCCGGAAAUGACGAUGAAUUUGUGGCUCUUGCACCAAUUUCAAAACACACCAAGAAGAAGACAAUUUCAAAACUUCAGAGUGCCUACUGAUAACAUUACAGCUCGAUUUCAUAUGAUGUGAUCAUGGAGACAACCCCGAUAAAACUGACACCAACUAAUGAAAAUACACGAAGUACAGCCCAGUCUUCUUCAAGCAGGUCAAGCGCUGCCCAGUCCAUGAGUUCCUCACUGAAGGAGAAGUUAAAAAGAUCACGCUACUCGUUCAGAUCCCCCCACAGUGUGGUUAAACGCCUUAAAAUCGCAGAUGACGAUCAACCACAGGCCUCACAACUGGGAGACACUAACCACAGUUUGACCGACAGAGACCCUGAUACUGAUGUCAAUCUGAAUGAUACGAAGGAGAAAGUAGACUGUUCACUUCACACAGCUGAGCCUGCACAAAAAGACUCGAAUCAGCAAUAUGAAGAGCUAAGAAAAGCAGUGAAGGAGAAAUCAGAAACCAUGCGAAGAUUAAAGAUGGUCAGGAUGUAUAGGAAAAAGAAUGACCUGCCCCAGCUGCAGAAGCUCACAGACAAAUGGAGAUCCUGUGCUCAGUCAGUGCUGUGUGAAUUACCCACAGAGGGAAAACAAGUCAGUCUGUCUCAGCUUAUAGACAAUUUAGGCUUAGAUGACAAAAUACUGCACUUUGACAGGACAGAGGAAGACUUCACGGACAACUGAAAUGUAUCGUUUGUAUUAAUUUUAUUGACACUAUUUAAAUGGGUUGUAAGAAGCCUUUUCAGACCAGGUCAUUCAUCAAUAUAUUCAGAUAGGAAGACUAUUCACAUUAUACUCUAUAUAACUCAUUGCAGUGUGAAUUUUGGUAGGUUUAUCAAACUGUAUUUUAAUUUAUUUUACUUCUGUUGUCUUUUCACAACUUUGUAUUGAAAUAACUGUAUUUUUCAACCAAAAGCUGUAAUAAUAAAUCUCAGUUAUGUAUCCUAAAUCAGUUGUAGUGUAGUUGAGAAAGAGAUGGGAAGUUCAUCAUAAGCAGUUUCUCAGUAUGAGUAUCUCGUCAGAUUGUGCUCUGACUGUGUUCAACAUUUUCUUUCUUAAGAUGAUAUCUGAGUAGUUCUUCUCU